AUGAGCCAAGAACAGACAGAAUCUUUGGCUCAAGAAGUUGUCGAAGAUGCUUGUGCUGAGUUAGAAACAGUUUCUAAACAAGAUCGCAACAUCUUUCUUAACAGAGAACGAAAGCGUGACGAUAAUCUUGUUUCACAAAUCUCCGACAUCCAAGAAGAGAUUAGUUUUGUUGAUAAACAGAUCGAAGAUAUCGUUGACAAAUUACAAACAGUUAACCAAGGCAUCCAAGAAAUCCAAGAGUUUCGAGAAAUACAACAACUCAACCAAAUCGACAUGAGCAGUCUUACAUUAAACGUUGACUUCGAAAUUGAGCAGAGUUCUACACUUAAACAGACACUUCAAAGCCUUCAAGACGAAAUUUCAUCAGCUAAGAAACUUUAUUCGGAUUCUACUCAACAAAUCAAGUUUGUUGAAGAAGAACAUUCUAAAGUUCGCAACCACAAAACACAAUUAUUCCAAAAACUCGAUGAAUUGAAACGUGAACAAGCCGAGCUUACUCUUAAGGAAGAAACACUCGAAGACAUGUCAGCAUUAGAUCGCAAAAUCACGAGCCUUCAAGGUAACAUCGAUAACAUUCAAAUUCGAAAUUCAAAAAUUAUGGAUACGAUUUCCUACAAGAAACAACUUCUUCAAAAGCUCCAAAACGAUCUAUGCAAAUUACAAUCCGAUUCCCAUCAAUCAGAAGAAGAUAUUUCGCAAUAUCAAGAAGAAUACGAUCAAAUCAACAAUUCAUACCUUACAAUCAACAAAUGCUACAAGAAUCGUGAAGCACAGCGUACAUCCAUCAAAUCUAAGAUUGAAGCCCAAAACUUACCCGUUGAAAGUUCCGAAGAAGAAAGUAUUUCCAUUGAAUACGAUUCCGGCAAGUACGAAACACGCCUUGACAUUGUUAGUACAGACACAGACAUUUCGCGUCUUAAGUCUGAACUCAGUCAACGCAUUUCUAAGCGAUAUUUAGAGAACGAAAGCCAAAAAACGAAGAAAAACAAAGAAACAAUCAAAAAACCACGCGAAUCUUACGAACAAAUCAUUGCAUAUCUCGAUCAGCGAUACACCGUUCUUGAGCAGGCCGCAGCAUCACGUCGUGCACAACUUGAACUUGAGCACCAACAAUAUCUUGUUGAUAGAAGUAGUAAAGAGAACGAACUCGACCAAAAAUCAAUUUCUCUUCGUCAAGAGUUAGUUAAAAACGAUGCAUACAACAUUGUACAACGUGUUGAAGAUAACAAGAAGAAGAUUGAAGACAUCAAAAACAGUAAUGAACGCCGUAAAGAAAACUUGAAAUCUAUUCUUUCUUCACCAGGUAUGGAUACAAAUGUUUUGGCUGCUAAAGAAAUAUCUAUCAAGGAACAACUUGAAGCUGCUGAACAACUGAAGAAGAUACAAACAGAUAGAAAGUUGGUUUUGGAACGUCGUGAAGGAGAACUCGUAAUUCAAGAAGAAAUGUUGAACCAAGAGAAAGAACAACUUGCUCAGAAACGUAAACUAGUUGAACUCAAAACUCUUGAAAACCAAAAGAUGAUUGACAUGUACAAGAAACUUGGAAAAUAA